AUGGAGCUUACAUAUUCGGCAGUUCCAACACAAAAUCCAAUGUACGCACUUCAACCUACUUCACCAUCGAAAGAAACUGUUGGUGCAUGUUCUGUAUUAGCACUUGGUCGUCAAAACAUGCCACAUACAAACUAUUCUUCUUCUGAAGACAUUCAAAGAAAGUUCCUUCCUUUUUAUAGCCCAGAUAAUAUGAAUUAUUCUGCCUCAAUGAUAGAACCAUUUAUGUCGGAUGGUAAUUACUAUUUUUAUCCAUCAUCUCUUUUUCCACAAGCUAUCGGUUUAUCCUCAGAUACUUCGUCCCCUGAUGAAUGUUCUGAGUUGGAUUUCUCUGAUAAUUUCUCUCCGGCCUCUUCACCUGGAUAUACUACACCUCCCGGAUAUACUUCACCUCCUGGAUAUGCUACAAGUCCUUUGUCAAUUAAAAUGGAGGCAUCACAUCAAGGUUCUUUAUCUAACGAUAAUGAUUAUAAUGUCGCUAUGACUUUGGCCAAAGAUAUGCCAAUGAGGCCAAUGAUUCAUCCACUAGCAGAUUGUUUCACUAUGUCUGCAAGUCCAGAAUCUCCCUUUGUUGGUGUAAUUCAUUCACCUCCGCAAGAAAAAAUUUCAAGCAACCCCGCGGAUCAAUUGUUCGAAAUGGAUAAAUCAUUUUAUUCUCGUGAACUUGCCGCGUUGGAUGCCAGAGAUUAUUUUGGUACCGAAAAUUUAGCCUCGGAAGCCGCUCGCCGUAAAUCACUCGAUGAUGCCAUCUUUCUCCGCAAGAUUGCUUCAACUCCUGUGAAAUCCGAAGUUUCUUUUCAAUUGCACAAUCGUCGUAAAUCACUACCCAGUGAUCUCACUCAACGUCUUCAUAUUGAAGCGUUACCUACUUCUACCAAGACAAGAAAGUCCUCUAAAUCACUAGCGCCUUUCGCUUGCCCUCAUGAACAUUGUCCAAAAACAUUCACACGGCAAUAUAAUUUAAAAUCACAUUUACGCACACACACUGAUGAGAGACCGUUUGUCUGUAAUUACCCUGGAUGUCCCCGUGCAUUUGCUCGACAGCACGAUCUCAAACGACAUCAAAAACUACAUCUUGGACUUAAACCUCAUGUAUGUGGUAAUUGUGGUCGUGCCUUCGCACGAUUGGAUGCUUUAAAUCGUCAUUUGCGAAGUGAUAAUGCAACUCAAUGUGCUCAAGCCACAUUGGCUGGAUCCGCAGCAAGCAAAUUGUUCAAAUCUGUAAAUAUAUGA